AAUUUUGAAAAAUGGGCGCGAGGAAGUAUCCGGCAUCCGGUUGUUAAUUUAUGACAAAAAAAUGUAUUUUUCUCCACCAGCAAGAUAGUUUUAUAUAGAGAAACAUAUUAUUGCUCGGUGUAAAUCAUGCCUCGAUAUGCUCAGAUAGUAAUGGGUCCCGCAGGGAGCGGUAAGAGUACCUACUGCGCUACGAUGAUCCAGCAUUUUGAGUCUUUGAACCGUUCUGUCCAAGUGGUCAAUCUCGACCCUGCUGCUGAACAUUUUGACUAUCCUGUAAUGGCAGACAUUCGUGAACUCAUUCAGGUUGAUGACGUGAUGGAGGAUCCAUCUCUUAGAUUUGGCCCCAAUGGCGGUCUGGUCUUCUGCAUGGAAUACUUUGCCAACAACUUUGACUGGCUGGAAGAAGCCCUGGGUCACGUCGAAGAUGACUACAUCCUGUUUGACUGCCCAGGUCAGAUUGAGCUGUAUACUCACCUACCUAUCAUGAGGCAGCUGGUGGAACAGCUCCAGCAGUGGGAGUUUCGGGUGUGUGGAGUCUUUCUAGUUGAUUCACAGUUCAUGGUGGAAUCUUUUAAGUUCAUUUCAGGAGUCAUGGCGGCCCUGAGUGCCAUGGUGUCAUUGGAGAUUUCCCAAGUAAACAUCAUGACAAAAAUGGAUCUGCUCAGUCCAAAAGCCAAGAAAGAAAUUGAACAGUACCUUGACCCUGAUAUGUACUCAAUGAUGGGAGAUAACUCUGAUGCCAUUAGAAGUAAGAAGUUCAAGAAGCUGACCAAAGCUAUUUGUGAACUGAUUGAUGACUACAGUUUGGUGAGAUUUUUGCCUUUCGACCGCACGGACGAGGAAGGUAUCAACAUAGUACUGCAACAUAUUGAUUUCUCUAUACAGUAUGGAGAGGAUUUGGAAGUCAAGGAACCGAAGGAAACUGGAGAAGACCCUGAUGACAUGAAUUAUGAUGAGUUUUUCCAAGGGCAAGUGGAAAGCUGAGAAAUGUUACCAUAAGUUUGAGACAUUUUAAUUUGAACACCCGAAAAGAAAAAUGAAGAACAAAGUAUAGUAGUCUAUAAGUCCCAAUUAUUAACACACUGGGUGCCAUUGUUUUUUAUAUUGACCACACAUCACUUUGGCUUACAGCACUCAAUUUCAGAAAACACAUCAACAACCCUCCUGCUCCGGGAUACACUUUAAUGUUUUAAUGAAAUAAUUUCGCUGCCAUUGAAUGGAUUAGAAAUGUAUCGCCGUCAUUGGCACUGAAACUAUCACUUAAUGCCAACCAUCCCCCUCUCAAAAUAUAAUAAUAAUGGCAGCUAUCUCAAUUAAAAUGAAUUUGCCUUUGCAAUCAAUGGCCGUGAAUGAGUUGACCUUUUUAUGUCAUUGCCUUUUUAUUUAUGGUGUUGUUUGUAAUAUAAACGUGUCGUGUUCCAAACACGUGUGUAUAUUAUGUUUUGGAAAAAUAUUAAAU